GGGCACGUGUUGGAUGCAGGAAAGAAGAGAAUAGCGCGUACAUCGUUUCAAAUAAAACUGCUGCGCUACAGUCUGUACAACUACUACAAUCUGCCCAGCCGCUACUGACGUACUGCGUAUGACGUUGCGUGGCGCCCGUGUUUAGUAUUUAAUUUCUAUUUUUGUCGCUCGGCAGUCGAUCACUGGCAAUCCUCAUCUCCGCGUUUCCCCAAAUCAAAUCACGACGGUGGAAUGUGUUCGAACAUCCGCAGAGUCUCCAGACUACUCUGGACGAUACACAGCUGCAAUGCUUGUCUGGAGAUCUCAGAUGGAUGUGGACCCCCUAAGAAGACACUCCCGAACAUGGGACAGAACUGGAGUACGGGGUCUUUCCCUGUACCACGGUUCGCAUGCGAGACAGCAAUCCCAGCUAUAACUAAACCAGUUUAUUUUCCCUUUGGUUUUAAGCGGGGAAGGGUGUGAUCUGUGGCGUGGCGAACACUGACGACAGAUGGCAACGCGGUGCACACCAUCAUGGCCAACACCGUGCCAUCAGAAGCCAUCUCGAGACACCAGACUUUACUCCUUGCCUAUGAUCUUCUGGGUUAUCGCAUUAGAACGUCAUGAUUCUCGAAAGUAGCCAGAAGUCAAGCUUGUUCUUCACCUUGCCCAUUGUCGAUCUUGUCAGUCGACCAUCUAUGGUGUCAACUACUUGCUGCAACAGGGGCUCGCUGAGCAUAUAAACCCCAAUGAAUCUGGCAUGGUUGAUUUCCUGUCUUUGAAAGGGGAAAAAAAGAGACGUUUAAACGCUUUCAAAAACUCCAAAAAGGACCCUUAUAUCUUCGACUACACUUUAUCCUACUGCAUUCCAUCAUGUCGGGCAUACUGCAUAACAUCAAGAACACCGUUACCGGCCACCGCGACGAGCCUGCCCAGGACUCUAGCAAGGCAUCCAAUAUCUACUCCCAAGGAACCACAGGUGACUACAUCACUGGAAAUGGUCCUAAUGAGUCCAAAACUGCGAACAAACGAGACAGCGGCAUAUACCGUGAUACCUACGGUGAUUCCACUACCAAGACUGGCCCUCAUGACAGCAACAUUGCCAACAAGCUAGACCCUCAUGUUGACAGUGAUAAAGGCAACCGUGGCGCCUAUGGUGACUACUCGGCCAAAACCGGACCGCCCCCCCUUGGUGACAAGGACAAAGACGAUCGAGGUGUUUCUGGUGGUUCUACUGGUGGUACUUCUACAAUUGACAGCGACAAGAGCUACCAUGGUGUCUCUGGUAGCGGCUAUGGUACUGGCACUAGUGGUGGUUAUGGUUCCUCUACAGGCCGUCAUGGAACUACCAGUGGUGUCUCUGGUGGCAGGUACGGUAGCGGUACUGGCACAAGCGGUUACGGUUCCUCUACUACUGGUCACUAUGGAUCUUCCGGCGGCUUCUCUGGUGACAGCGAUGGUACCGGCGGUGGUUAUGGCAGCGGCAUCACUGCCGACAGUCACCGGGGGAUUGACGAAGAUAUUCUUGGCAGCGGCAAUCACAGUCAAGGCCUGGGCAAUACUGGUAGCCGUGGAAGUGGUUUCUAUAACGCCGCCUCCAGAGAUAUCUCAGACACUGAACGGCGUAUGGACAAGCCACACAGCCAGUGGUAAGGAUGUGAUCACACUGCCCUUUGGAAAGAAUAGACCGGGAAACGUGCCUGCUAUGAAUUUUUGGCAUGCUGAAGAUCGACGCCGAUGGAGAACGAACUCAUUCCUUUCCUAAUAACAAAUACCACCAGCAACCCUGUAUGGAAUCAAUAAGAUCCAUAUACUUGUCUCAGUCAUGUUGUCUGUUUACAUUACUGUCCAUCAUGUAUUAUAUCUGAGGUCUUUGUUUUGCUGCUGCCCCAAUACAUUCACUUCUCUCCUGCCAGGAGAUACAUUUCACCAA